UUUCAUAAACAGGAUUUAUGUGUAAAAAAAACAGGUGUUAUUAAAACCAAAGACAUGCCGAACAGUGGAAGUAGCCACCGGCCCGGAGCCAACUUUUUUUCACAUAUGAAAUGGGAACAUCUUCUGGCAGGCGUCAGUGGCGGAGUAACUUCCACACUAGUCCUUCAUCCUCUUGACCUGGUGAAAAUCCGAUUUCAAGUGCAUGAGGGCGGUGUGGCCGGAGUAUCAAGACCGAUGUACAAUGGCUUAAAAGAUGCAUUCCUACAGAUCGUUCGUAAAGACGGGGUCACUGGAAUGUAUAGAGGAGUGGUACCAAAUGUUUGGGGAGCUGGAACGGCCUGGGGGCUCUGCUUCUUUUCUUACAACAGCAUUAAGACUUGGAUGCAGGAUGGUGACACUCAAGUGAACCUUGGUCCAGCUAAACAUAUGCUGGCUGCAUUUGAAGCAGGCUUCAUGACACUGACCCUCACAAAUCCAAUCUGGGUUGUCAAGACGAGGAUAUGUCUUCAGUACGAUCAGCAGGUACCAUCCAGUAAAAACUAUAAGGGCAUGGCUGAUGCUCUGGUCAGAAUAUUUCAGAUGGAGGGAUUCCGGGGUCUUUAUAGGGGUUUCUUGCCUGGAGUUUUUGGAAUAUCACAGUAUGCUGUGCAAUUUAUGGCUUACGAGGAAAUGAAAUCCCGCUACAAUAUCUACCAAGGUUGUAAUGCUGAUUACCGUUUGAAAUCACUGGAAUAUAUCGUGUUUGCGGCGUUAUCAAAAAUUAUAGCUGCCAGUACAACAUAUCCUUACCAAGUGAUACGAUCAAGACUGCAAGACCAGCAUAGAGAUUACGGUGGAAUCCUUGAUAUCAUCAGUCAGAUCUUUCGGUACGAGGGAUGGCGAGGUUUCUACAAGGGUCUGUUGCCAAGCUUGCUGAGAGUGACGCCUGCAUGCUGUAUCACAUUUGUUGUGUAUGAGAACAUCAUCUCCUAUUACACAACAAAGACCAGCUGAUGAAAUCUGUUACUUACGAAGUUGUAUACCUUGGCAUCAUAAGGACUUUAUUCAGACAUCUUGUAGUUUAAUCAGUAUUUGUUUAAAUAUCCCAGGGUAUUAUUUUAUAAAACAUGAACCAAAGGUUUUUCAUUCAAAGAUCAAUCAUAUCACAUUCAACAGAGUAACAUAUAAGGGGCAGAGCAAGCUCCCACGAUCAUCUGUAGAGUAAGGUAUAGGGGGCAGAGCAAGCUCCCGCAAUCAUCUCUAGAAUAAUAUAUAGAGGGCAGAGCAAGCUCCAGCAAUCACCUGUAGAGUAAGGUAUAGGGGGCAGAGCAAGCUCCCGCAAUCAUCUCUAGAAUAAUAUAUAGGGGGCAGAGCAAGCUCCCGCGA